CACACACACACACACACACAGUAUCCGGGCUGCUCAAAGGCAUUCUCCCGACUGGAGAACCUCAAGAUACACAUGCGGACCCACACGGGGGAGCGUCCCUAUUGCUGCCAGUUCCACGGCUGCAACAAGUCAUUCUCAAACUCGUCUGACCGCUCGAAACACCAGAAGACACAUGUUGAGCAGAAACCUUACGCCUGUGUGCAUCCCGGCUGCUCAAAAAGGUACACUGAUCCCAGCUCUCUGAGGAAACAUGCCAAGACUCACCAAGUCCAGCAAAAGAAGCUCCACAAUGGUGACAGCCUAACUGAAGAAGCACUGGACUCGUGUCUAACGAUCCAGCCAUUCAGACUCAUCCCCGACCACGUCGAUAUGUCCGCCCCGGGAAAGAUGAAGGACAAGACAAAGUCCGGCCGCAACGGAGGUGGCAGUGGUUCAAAGCACAAAGACCAGGCGUCGUUGAAGAGUUCAGUGCAGCUCACAGACAGACACAACUCCAUGCUGAAUUUGGACCCCAUGACAAACGCCGAAAAACCUCCCGAUUUUGCCCCCGGAAUCCCACACAAGAUUGUGCCACUCACAAACGAGCAUCAUCACGGAGAGUAUUUCUCCCCUGCACAUCCCUCCCCCACCAUCUUCCCACUUCCUCCCACGCCGCUCGGUCCAGGAAGCCCGAGUAUGCUUCCAGGUUCCCCCAUGAUGUCGUCCCCACCUCACUGCUCUCCUUUGCACCUCCACCCACCCUCCUCGGCUCACUUCCACCAAGCACCGAUCACUGCUGCGUCCGCGUUCCCACUCACCCUCCCUCCUCACUCAGUAAUAGCCAGCUCCGCAGACCCCUCCAGUCCCAUGCAGGUCAUCUACUCCCCAUCUCAGGCCCUGGUGAGACUACAACACUCUACGAGUUGCGGUGCGAGCAUCUUCCACCCGCACAACGGCGCCGCAAACUCGCUACACUUUUCCUCUGAUUCUCACAUCCCCGGCAUGCUCUUCGGUCCGUCGAUAUCGCUGCAACCCACUGCCUUCCUCCCUGGCACGCCUCCAGCUCUGCACUCCACCCAGUACAUCACGGGCACACCGUCAGCUGCCCCGAGCAUCCGCGACUAUCCCCCUCCUCUCUUUACAGGUAUGCAACCGCACGUCAUAGGAGGAGAUUUCUCAACAUGUGCCAUCCCCACCCUCCAACGAAACAAUGACUUACACCAGUAUCACUAACAGCCACACUAACAGGCCAGGCACAAUAUUUUGUGUGUACUAUAAUCGUAUGUACAGUGAUCCAAGCAUCGAGCUUUAUGUUCUCGUAAAUGCAAGAAUACCGUUAUGAAACCUUUAGAGAACACAAUUUUUGGGUUUAUUUUUUUGUAAGCCUUUAAUUCUCUAACUUAUUUGUCAUCACAUCUCCCGCAAAAUUUCGCUCAAUUCGCUAUUAUGUUGUACAUGUGUCUAUAAACAAGUCCUCCGUACAUGG